AUGGCGCGAUUCUCUACCCUUCCAGCCGAGUUGCGCGAGCUGAUUUGGGAGUUUGCCCUUCCAGCGCGAGUCGUUGAGAUUGGAGAACCAUGCGACCCAGAUAUCUUACCAGAGGAAGACCUCAGACGAGCAUGGGUCCUUAACAGAAAGUAUCCAACCAUUGCUCAUGUCUGUUUGGAAUCACGCCGAAUCGCUCUGGCCAAAUUCAAGCUCCCCAAAGGUGUUGCUCUUGCGCAGGAUUGCAUGACAGAUGAUCGAUGGUGGUGGAAGUCGACCGACAUUAUUCACUUCAAUGCUCCAGAGAUUGUCGCACCAACGCAAAGAUGCAUACUAGAAGACAACCUAUUGGACUUGAUAAGUGUUCCUAUUCUAUGCAAAAAGGUCUCUAUCAGUGCAGACAUCGUUCACCCUUUUUUGCGUUUCCGUACUAGGUCCGAGAUCCCACACUCGAUAGUAUGGGAAGUGCUUUCCUCAAUGGAGACAUGCAUAAUAGCCCUACACACAGUCUGUAUCCGAGCCACCAACGAACAAGCUCAGGAGCUAGGCCUCUUUGGCAACGGAGACGAGCCAGCACAGUUGAUUGACCCGUUUGACAAGGCAGCUAUCAGGCGAUUCAGACAGCUCUGGAUGGACACAAAACAGGAGGUCUCUUCAGUCAAGUUUUUUGAUACAAUCGACACCGGAAGAUUCACUUUUCGAGUCGAAAGGUGGCUCGCAGAGAUGUCAGCGGAGUACAUCGACUUCAAAUCGACCGAUCCACCGUUCCCAACCCUAGGACCGCGGGCUAUAAGUGCAGCACUUCGUCGAUUCCCAGCUCAAAGACACAAUUCCGACGCGAAACAAUAUCUUGUCGGAUUUCCCAAUCUGCAUCUGAGGAUCAUGUUUCGACUCUGCCCACCUGCAGUGGUCGAUCCGGUGAUUACAUAA